AUGUCUAUCGAAGUUUUCCAUCUUGGACUCUCUCAAUCUGAGAGAAUCGAACUUGAAGUACCAUACAAGUUGCAUGUCUUCCAAAGAGACCCCAUAACAGGUCUCGCACCUAAGGAAAUCAAGGAGAUUAACCCCGCCGGAACCGCACCGUAUUUCCGCGACAGCACUGUUUCACCGCCAGUCGAGCUCGGAGAGUCUGGUGCAACCGUUGAGUACAUUCUCAACGUCCAUGGCACCAAGGUCGGCUCAGGAGCCCCGAGACUCCUUCGUACCCCCGAUGACGCCGAUUACGCCGCCUACCUCGAAUGGUUUCAUUUCGCAAACGGCACUCUUCAGCCCACUCUCGGCCGCGCUAUGACCCUGUUGUUCGCCGGCGCUUCGCAAAGUGACUUUGGCAAGCGGAUGGAAGUCAAGUCCCACGAGGCUCUCAAGCUGAUCGAUAACCGCUUAGCUAACAACAAGUGGCUUGCCGGCGAGAAUCUGAGCGCUGCGGAUAUCAUGACGGUUUUCACUCUGACCACCAUGCGUGGUUUUUACCCUCUUCUGGACUUGUCGGAGCACAAGAACAUUCUGAGGUACCUGAAGGAUGUUGCCGAGCGCCCGGCGUACCGCAAGGCGCUUGAGAAGGGAGAUAAGGGCAUGGAACCCAUGAACGGGCCAAAGGUCAAGGCUUUCAAGCAGUUCAAGGGAUUCGGCGCCAUUUACGAGUCUCUGGGCUACUAGAAUAUCCAAGCAGCCUACGGCAGAUACCCUACUCACGAUUCAUGAAAGAUCAAUAACUCAAAACAAUACUACUCAAUCCUACAAGAAAAUGACUCAAGAUACCGGAUGAUUUGACAAAAGAGAAUACUCCCCCUGCCGCAAGCUAGAUUAUCUUAUGAUAGUUGCAAAAGUAUACUCGCUUGACCAGCCUGGGGGUCGAACCCAGAAUCUCCUGAUAACAUAAUUAAUCGUAGUCAGACGCCUUGCCAUUGGGCCAACCGGCCGUGAUAGUCGAGUAGUCGAUCCACUGAGGUGGAUGCUGGUGGUAACCUGCCUCAAU